AUGUCCUCGAAUUCCGACUCUCUGAGCAUCUCAGCCUAUGGAGUCGCUCGCUCUACGAUUGCGGGAAAGCCCCUCUCCGCCGAAGAGAUCCGCAAGACAAACGCCUACUUUCGAGCCAGCUUAUACCUAUGUCUCGGCAUGCUUUAUCUUCGCGAUAAUCCGCUUUUGAAAGAGCCGCUGAAGCUUGAACACAUCAAAGCGCGUCUUCUGGGACAUUGGGGCUCCGAUGCUGGUCAAUCUUUUACCUGGAUUCACAUGAAUCGGCUGAUCAAGAAAUAUGACUUGGAUGCCCUCUUUGUCUCGGGGCCCGGGCACGGCGCGCCGGGGAUCCUGUCUCAGUCGUACCUCGAGGGUGUCUAUUCGGAGGUGUAUCCUGAUAAAGGGGAGGAUGAGAAGGGAAUGCAAAAGUUCUUCAAACAGUUUUCGUUUCCUGGGGGGAUUGGUAGCCACGCGACGCCUGAGACACCAGGAAGUAUUCACGAAGGCGGGGAGCUGGGAUAUUCGAUCUCGCAUUCAUUCGGCGCAGUCUUUGAUCAUCCGAAUUUGAUCACCCUGACAAUGGUGGGUGAUGGCGAGGCGGAGACGGGACCCCUAGCGACCAGCUGGCAUAGUACGAAAUUUUUGAACCCAAUCACGGACGGCGCGGUGCUCCCGGUGCUGCAUCUGAAUGGUUAUAAGAUUAAUAACCCGACGUUGUUGGCGCGAAUCAGUCACGAUGAGCUCUCGGCGUUGUUGACUGGAUACGGAUGGACGCCGUAUUUCGUCGAGGGGAGCGAGUUGGAUAGCAUGAACCAGGCCAUGGCAGCAACGCUCGAGCACUGCGUUCUUGAGAUAAAGAAGUUUCAGAAACAAGCUAGAGAGUCAGGAAAACCUUUCCGCCCCCGUUGGCCUAUGAUCGUCCUCCGAAGUCCUAAAGGCUGGACUGCUCCAAAAGACGUCGACGGCAAGCGACUGGAAGGGUUCUGGCGGGCGCAUCAGAUCCCCAUUACCGACGUCAACACAAACCAGAAGCAUCUGAAGGUACUGGAAGAUUGGAUGAGGAGCUAUAAACCGGACGAGACCUUUGAUAAAUCAGGCAGACUGAUUCCUGAGCUUCGAGAGUUAGCUCCUAAAGGCCUGUCGCGGAUGAGCGCCAACCCGAUCGGCAAUGGCGGUCUUGUGCGCAGACCUCUCGAUAUCCCCGACUUCCGGAAGUACGGACUUCGCGACAUUGAGCCAGGGGUCACCGUAAAAGGUAGCAUGGUUAACAUGUCUACAUUCCUUCGGGACGUGAUGGCGCGGAACAUCAAGACCUUCCGACUUUUCGGACCCGACGAGACCGAAUCCAACAAGCUCGCCAAGGUCUACGAGGCUGGCAAGAAGGUCUGGAUGGCCGAGUACUUUGAGGAGGAUACAGACGGGGGCAAUCUCGCCUUCGCCGGGCGCGUUAUGGAAAUGCUCAGUGAACAUACUUGCGAGGGCUGGCUGGAGGGAUACGUCCUUUCCGGUAGACAUGGACUAUUAAACAGCUACGAGCCAUUCAUUCACGUUAUCGAUUCCAUGGUCAACCAACAUUGCAAGUGGAUUGAGAAAUGUCUUGAGGUGGAAUGGCGCGCCAAGGUGGCGUCGCUAAAUAUUCUUCUCACCGCGACCGUCUGGCGACAGGAUCAUAACGGAUUCACCCAUCAAGAUCCCGGGUUCCUCGACGUGGUCGCCAACAAGAGCCCCGAGGUCGUUCGCAUCUAUCUCCCCCCAGAUGGAAAUACGCUCCUCUCGGUGACGAACCAUUGUCUCGCAAGCGUCAACUACGUUAAUGUCAUAGUCGCGGAUAAACAAGACCACAUCCAAUUCCUGAACAUGGACGAAGCAAUCGCACACUGCACCAAAGGCGCCGGUAUCUGGGACUGGGCUAGCAACGAUCAGGACGCAGAGCCCGACGUCGUCAUGGCCGCUUGUGGUGACGUUCCGACGCAUGAAGCUCUCGCCGCGACGUCUCUGCUCCGUGAACAUCUUCCUGGUGUCAAAGUGCGUUUCGUCAACGUGGUCGACUUAUUCCGCCUCAUUUCCGAAACAAACCACCCGCAUGGUAUGUCGGACCGGCAAUGGAAGGCGCUCUUCACCGAGGACAAGCCUAUCAUAUUCAACUUCCAUUCAUAUCCCUGGCUCAUACAUCGCUUGACUUAUAAGCGACCGGGUCAACAUAAUUUACACGUCAGGGGGUACAAAGAAAAGGGAAAUAUCGAUACGCCGUUCCAGCUUGCGGUCAGAAACCAGACCGAUAGGUACCGCCUGGCUAUCGACGCUAUUGAUCAGAUACCCAGGCUGGGUAACAGAGCAGCAGGGGUCCGUGAGAAGUUUAUAAAUUUGCAGCUAGCGGCGAAGGAGGAAACAGCGGAGAACGGCAUUGAUCCAGAAUAUAUUCGCAAUUGGAAGUGGCCGUAUCCGAGGAAAUAG